AAGCGCGGUUCACUUGAUACAUACUUCUUAUCAGCUGGAAUCAAACUUCAAGCGAUCGAACAUGGUUUACAAAUUCACAAAUACAAAAUAUAUACCCUUGUUGGUAUUUCAGUUGAUACUGAUGGUCUUAUAUUUCAUAUUCGUGAGAUAUGGGGGAGAUAAACAUCACGACGUGAGAGGUUUUGAAGGCACCCAUGUAAUGAUCUUUAUUGGUUUCGGCUUUCUGAUGACAUUCUUGAAGAAGUAUUGCUACAGUGCAUUAGGUUUCAACUGGUUUUUGGCAGCUUUGGUCAUACAAUGGGCUUUACUCUGCCAGUCUUUCUACCAUAUGACGGACAACAUUAUUUAUAUCACCAAGCUAAGUUUACUGGAGGCGGAUAUAAUGUCGGCAACAGUGCUUAUAACUUUUGGAGCAGUUCUGGGUCUAGCGAGUGGAUUACAAUUAUUGUUCAUUGCUAUCGUCGAAGUUGCUGUCGCUUGCCUUAACUUCUGGCUAGUUGCUGAUAUAUUCAAGGUAGCUGAUGUAGGUGGAUCAAUAGCUAUCCACGCAUUUGGAGCAUAUUUCGGCUUAGGAGUAAGUUGGGCCUUGCGUUCUAGGAAAACUAAAUCUGAUCCUGCAACCACAACUCCAACGGUGGAUUUAGGCGGACCAAGUUAUAAUUCGGAUGUAACAGCUAUGAUAGGUUCAAUAUUUUUGUGGAUUUAUUGGCCAUCGUUUAAUUCUGGUUUGACAAACUCCAACAGUGAAUAUCAAAGGGCUGUUAUCAAUACUUAUUUGUCUCUUGCUGCGGCAACUGUAACAACAUUCGUAAUGUCUUCGGUAGUCAGCAAACAUCAUGGUAAACUCGAUAUGGUUCACGUACAAAACUCGACUCUAGCGGGCGGUGUCGCGGUUGGGUCGGUGUGUAAUAUGCAUAUCGGUGCGGGCGGAGCCAUCGCUAUCGGCAUCGGCGCUGGUUUGCUAAGUGUAUUGGGAUAUAGAUACCUGACGCCUCUCUUGACAAAGUUGAAUGUACCUGACACGUGCGGUGUGAAUAAUCUCCAUGGCAUGCCAGGUAUCUACUCUGGUUUAUUGACAGUAUUGUUCGCUGCACUUGCAACCAAAGAAGAGUAUGGAACCGAUCUGUUUGGCGUCUUUAGUGCUAUGGAUGAUAAAGGGCUUGGCAGAACAGCAGCAAGCCAAGCGCUGUACCAGUUUUUCGCUUUACUGGUCACAAUUGUUGUUUCAAGCGCUGGUGGGAUUAUAACCGGUCUUCUCGCUCGAGCUCCAGUACUGGAACCACUCAAGGACCACGAGAGGUACGACGAUGAAAUUAAUUGGGAACUGCCUUAAUUGAACUUGCCAGCACUUAACACGUCGUGUUUUCGUAAACUGUUUAUUUAAUUAUAUGUUAAAACUCAAACUAAUGUUUAAAGCAUUACUUCAAAUAAGGAAAAAAACGUUUAAUACAUAUUGUUUAUUUUUUGUA